AGGAAGGGGGGCCGGAGUGUCCCGGGCGCAGGGCGCGCGUGCGGCGGCGGCGGCGGCGGGGAGGGGCCGGCCGCGCCGCGCUCCCCUCCUCCCUCCUCGCAUCCCCGGCCCCGCGCGCGCCCAGCAGAAGCGGGUCUGUGUGUGCGUGCGUGCGAGUGAGUGAGUGUGUGCAUAUUUUUUUCUCUCUUUUCUUUCUCUCUCACUGUUUUUUCUCUCUCUCGCUCCCUCUCUCUCGCUUUUUUUUUUUUUUUUUUUUUUUUUGCAAAGAAACAGCAGCGCCGCCGCCGCUCCGCCGAGGCGCUGCGCCCCCCGGGGGGGAGGCGGAGGAGGCGGGCAGCGGCGGAGGGAGGGGAGCCGGAGAGGGGGGCGCCGCGCUGGGAGGGAGGCAGCGCGCACGGUGCAGCCGGGCCGGGCGGGAGGCAUGGCGGGGCCCCCGGCCCUACCCCCGCCGGAGACGGCGGCGGCCGCCACCACGGCGGCCGCUGCCUCGUCGUCCGCCGCUUCCCCGCACUACCAAGAGUGGAUCCUGGACACCAUCGACUCGCUGCGCUCGCGCAAGGCGCGGCCGGACCUGGAGCGCAUCUGCCGGAUGGUGCGGCGGCGGCACGGCCCGGAGCCGGAGCGCACGCGCGCCGAGCUCGAGAAACUGAUCCAGCAGCGCGCCGUGCUCCGGGUCAGCUACAAGGGGAGCAUCUCGUACCGCAACGCGGCGCGCGUCCAGCCGCCCCGGCGCGGAGCCACCCCGCCGGCCCCGCCGCGCGCCCCCCGCGGGGGCCCAGCCGCCGCCGCCGCCGCCGCCGCGCCGCCGCCCACGCCCGCCCCGCCGCCACCGCCCGCGCCCGUCGCCGCCGCCGCCCCGGCCCGGGCGCCCCGCGCGGCCGCCGCUGCCGCCGCCACAGCGCCCCCCUCGCCCGGCCCCGCGCAGCCGGGCCCCCGCGCGCAGCGGGCCGCGCCCCUGGCCGCGCCGCCGCCCGCGCCUGCCGCUCCUCCGGCAGUGGCGCCCCCGGCCGGCCCGCGCCGCGCCCCCCCGCCCGCCGUCGCCGCCCGGGAGCCGCCGCUGCCGCCGCCGCCACAGCCGCCGGCGCCGCCACAGCAGCAGCAGCCGCCGCCGCCGCAGCCACAGCAGCCGCCGGAGGGGGGCGCGGCGCGGGCCGGCGGCCCGGCGCGGCCCGUGAGCCUGCGGGAAGUCGUGCGCUACCUCGGGGGCAGCGGCGGCGCCGGCGGUCGCCUGACCCGCGGCCGCGUGCAGGGGUUGCUGGAGGAAGAGGCGGCAGCGCGGGGCCGCCUGGAGCGCACCCGCCUCGGAGCGCUCGCACUGCCCCGCGGGGACAGGCCCGGACGGGCGCCGCCGGCCGCCAGCGCCCGCGCGUCGCGGAGCAAGAGAGGUGGAGAAGAGCGGGUGCUUGAGAAGGAAGAAGAGGAAGAAGAUGAUGAAGAUGAAGAUGAUGAAGAUGAUGUGUCAGAGGGAUCCGAAGUGCCGGAGGGUGACCGUCCAGCAGGUGCCCAGCACCACCAGCUUAAUGGCGAGCGAGGCCCUCAGAGUGCCAAGGAGAGGGUCAAGGAGUGGACACCCUGUGGACCCCUCCAGGGCCAGGAUGAGGGCCGGGGGCCAGCACCAGGCAGUGGUACCCGCCAAGUGUUCUCCAUGGCAGCCAUGAAUAAGGAAGGGGGAUCAGCCUCUGCUGCCACUGGGCCAGACUCCCCGUCCCCUGUGCCUUUGCCCCCAGGAAAACCAGCCCUCCCUGGGGCUGAUGGGACCCCCUUUGGCUGUCCUUCUGGGCGCAAAGAGAAGCCGGCUGACCCUGUGGAGUGGACAGUGAUGGACGUGGUCGAGUACUUCACUGAGGCCGGCUUCCCCGAGCAGGCAACAGCUUUCCAAGAGCAGGAAAUCGAUGGCAAGUCUUUGCUGCUCAUGCAGCGCACAGAUGUGCUGACUGGCCUGUCCAUCCGCCUGGGCCCAGCCCUGAAAAUCUACGAGCACCACAUCAAGGUGCUGCAGCAAGGCCACUUUGAGGAUGACGACCCCGAUGGCUUUCUAGGCUGAGCACCCAGCCUCUCCCCUGCCCCAACCCAUUCCAGCCCCCAUCUCACCCGAAACCCCCAGAGUCCAGGAGCUGGAUGGGGACGCUCUCAGCCCUCCUAACAGAUUCCAGUGAGGGGGGUGUUCCUCCCUACUCCUCUCUUCCCUGUGUUUCCCCAGCAUACAUACAUUUGGCCCCCAGCACAUCCUGUACUCCAUGAUAGAGGAGUGUGGGGUGAGAACAGGGCCUGCUCAUUUCACCCCAGGAAGCCAACCUCCCCCCCCCCCCCCCAAGUCUAGGUCAUUUUUGGAAAAAAAAAAAUGGGGGCUUCCCAUCUCCCCUAGAUCCUCUUCAGUUCAGCCAGAUGUUUCCUAUAUAAAUGUUUUGUUCUGCCUGUUCAUUUUGGUGGGUGGCCUUUCCUCUCUCCCCCACCACCCACGCCCCAUCCCGGUCUGCCCCUGGCCUCCAGCCCCUGGGAAUAGCCGGGGUGGGGUCCCUGGGUCUUCCCUAACCCUCUUUCUUUCUGUUGGUUGUCGCUCCAGCUGGCCGUAUUGCUUUUUAAUAUUGCACCGAAGGUUUUUUAAAUAAAGUUUUAAAAAAAAAAA